AUUGAACUUGACCGUACCCUCACGUUUGUUGUAGAAGAAUUUUUUUAAUUUUUAUUUAGGGUUGACCAGUGAUCAGAAAUACAUGUCACAGAUAAACACUUUCCUGCGAUGAUGCUUCGCUCCUUACUUCAAAUUGCAAAGGUGGUAAACCCACUGAGUAUUCAGCCAUGUCCGAAAUGUCUACAGCGACUGGUACCUUCCUCCUUAAGCUUUCAGCCAGUCAGGACAACUUACAUAGUUGAGCGAGUGAAUGAAGUACCACUACAUAAGAAAACAAGACAACCACGACUCAAGACACGACAUUAUAUCUACAAAGUCACUACUGACCCUCAGUACUUUCGUUUAGAGAAGGCCAAGGUCAUUCUUCUCAAGAAUGUCAGACAUGUCGGGAAACCUGGCGAAGUUUUGUAUGUCCGUCAAAAGCUAUUUUACCAGAAAUUGUAUCCAUCAGGGUUUGCAGUCUUUGCAACUGAAAGUAACCUGGAACUGCACAAUGAAUUGAUCAAGAAUCGACAAAUGAAAAUGAAGAAAUCUAAAGAAAAGUCUGAAACGAUUGUUAGAGCAGAACUGACUGCCAACGAUCUGACUGGGAUGCGUUUGCCGAUCGCUGUCAGCACAGCUACUGACACAGUGGUGACGGCUUCACAUGUGGUGGUCGCUCUUUGGAAGGCGGGAAUAGAAUCAAACAAAAACCUCAUCACCAUGCCAGAGGAACCUGUUACCGGGGACGACGAGUUCCCUAUAUCUCUAACGAUCAAUGACAAAUACACGGCCAAAUUUACAGGUGUAAUUUACCGAGUUGGUAAAGACAGUGACCAGCUCAUUCCUAGGGAAUUCGAUGGCUUUCUCAAACGUACGUCAAAAACAAAAGAUUCUAAAACAGUAGUGAAGAGUUAGACCUGCCAAUUAUUAUCCGGUGAUGAUGAUGAUGGAGAUAUUGAGUGCUUGAAAUAGACAAUUAAAUGAUAUUAAACAUGA